UGAACCUUCACCUUGCAAAAUCCUCAUCGUAAUUCUCCGUUGAUACAUUGUGCAGUACCAGUAAUCCGUCCCUGGCUAGCAUUCCUCUACCUCACUCCGCCGCUAUCAUCAUUCCCUCUUCUCACUAUCUCCUCUUCUGCGCUGCGCGCUGUCUGAAUUUUGGUCCGCAGUACUCGUACAGCACGAUAGACGAUACGUAAUAUCAACAAACCCCAAGAAAACACCACCCCCAGCCGCGUCGUUGCACCACCACACCAGCGAUAACAAUUCGGAGCUAUUGGUCUUGUACGACCAUAUAAUGUGACGAGGUCGACGAGGUACCCAUUGCAAGUGCACAUAGCGAGUCCCAGUAGAGUAGAGGUAUUGCUGGGCGGAUGCUCCCAUCACGAUAAUCACUCUAGACCUUGUCACUCCCAGCUCCAACCUCAUCCUCAUUGGCAACGACGCCAGCAUGUCGUACCAAUCUUCCCUUCGCCAAACAGGAAAUAUUGACUACAGUUCGCCCUCUUCACCCACCAAACGUCAACCAUCCAACGCGUCAACAGCCUCCACCGCAUAUUCAAACUCCUCUGCAGGCUUCUUUGAGCUGAGUCGGACGAGCACUCUAUCAUCCGCAGCAUCAGGACACGGGUUCGGGCAUAAGAGGGGAAUGAGCGAGGCAACAGGCAUGCGGACAAGUACAAGAUCCCCCGGUAUCGAGAACAAAAUCGACCGGACGCACUCACCAUCAAAUCCUGAAAGUCCGUUCAAGAGUGCCCGCCAAUCCCUCCGGCCACUGCCUCAACGACCAGCUUCUCCAACGCCUGCAUCUCGCACAGGCAGUCCUCGUACCGGGAGCCCUGGACUCGUUCACCUGCGAGGGCAGAGUUUUAGCAACUCAAAGGCCCAAUUUGAAGACCAUAACAAUUCGCCCACUGCGACACCAGCGCCGGCCGUUCCCCCUAACUUUCGCACUGGCAGUCCUGGACACGGCCACUCGCGAGGCCAGAGCUAUAGCAUCCCUAAAGCGCAGUUUGAUGACCACCUUAAGAACUCGCCCUCGGCCGCACCUGCGCCUGCCAUUCGACCCACCUCUCUGUUUUUGAGCCGCGCCGACUCGGGCCGCCCCUCUUUUUCUGGAAGGAGUCCCACUACCCAGCACGCCCAUAGCCCUUUGCAUGCGCCUGAUCUCCAGAGUUUGCAAAGAUCCAGCACCAGCCAAUUGCGUACCUUGUCUCAGUUCGCUGAAACUGGGGCGCCAGAAGAUUUCAGUAUCACAUCUCCAGCGCAAGAGGUUGUAGGUCUACAUGGAAGAAGAAAGCUGCAGAGAAGCGGGACCGACCAGAAUGCCAUUUCGAAUAAAAAAAGUGGUGGGUAUAGUUGGGAAGGUCGAAAUUGGAUGGACAAGCAACGACAGUUUUUACAAGCAUACGAAUAUUUGUGCCAUAUCGGAGAAGCUAAAGAAUGGAUGGAAGAUAUUCUCAAGCGUCAAAUACCUCCAAUUGUACAACUUGAAGAGGCUCUUAGAGAUGGCGUGACGUUGGCAGAGUUGGUUGACUCUCUUUACCCUGAGCGUCGACUUCGCAUUUUCCGGAGUCCAAAGUUACAAUUUCGCCAUUCCGAUAACAUCGCCAUCUUCUUUCGCUUUCUUGCUGAAGUAGAGUUACCCGACCUCUUCCGUUUUGAGCUAAUCGAUUUGUACGAGAAGAAGAACAUCCCAAAAGUUAUUUAUUGUAUUCACGCUCUGAGUUGGCUUUUAUUCCGAAAAGGAAUCGUUGAUUUUAGGAUUGGAAAUCUGGUUGGUCAAUUGGAAUUUGAGCACCAUGAAUUGGAGGCUAUGCAAAAAGGAUUGGAUAAGGCUGGUGUCAGUAUGCCCAGCUUUGGAAAUAUGAGUGCAGACUUUGGAGUAGAACCAACUCCAGAGCUAGAGCCAGAGCCCGAGCCGGUAGAAAGUGAGGAGGAUCGUAUCAAUCGGGAAUUGGGAGAAAAUGAGUUCGCAAUUAUCGACCUUCAAGCACAGAUGCGAGGCGCAGCCACACGCAUGCGAUGUACCCGUAUAAUGGAGGGACUAUGGGACUCGGAAGAUAUGCUGGUAGAUUUGCAGUCGAGAAUCCGGGGCGACUUUUCCCGGCAGAUCGCUGAGUACCGACUUAGCAUGAAAAGAUUCGCAAUCAAUUUGCAGAGUGGUGCUCGAGGGUUCUUAGUUCGCCAGCGACAAAAUAGCCGAGAAUCUUUCUGGAAAAGUAGAGAAGCUGAUGUUGUGAUGCUUCAGAAUUUAGUGCGGGGGAAAAAAGCCCGCGGAGAGGUAUGCAUGGCGAAAUCACUCCUACGUAGAGAAGAAGAAGGGGUUUGCGAGUUACAAGCAAGUAUUCGGGGUUUCUUGUCUAGGAAGAGCAUGGCAGUCCAGAAACAGGAGACGCAGGACUCGUCCGGCCCGGUGAAAGAGCUGCAGGCUGCUGUCAGAGGCAUGAUUCUUCGAAAACGCGUAGCUGAUGACCACGACAAACUUUGGCGAGAAGAAGAAUCAAUUAGUGCAAUUCAGGCUUUCUCGCGAGCCAUGCUGACCAGAAAUCAGAUCUCGAGGCAGAGAGAUAGACUUGAGGCCUCGUCGCCAAUGUGGACGUCCCUACAAGCCAUAAUUCGAGGAAACGAAGUGCGAGUGGAGGUCCAAGCAACUAAAGAAAAACUGAAUGGACACAAAGCAAAAAUCAUAACAUUGCAGUCGUGGGUUCGAGGUGCCGUUGUGCGACUUGGCGUAUCAGAUAUCUUGGAAGAAUUACACCAAACCGAGGGAUCGGUGCAGGAAGUCCAGAACAACAUCCGGGGUAUGCUACUCAGGAAAAAGAUUGCCGCUGAUUACGAUGCGCUUGUCUCUCAAACACCAGAAAUUACACAACUUCAAGCUCUUGCCCGAGGAUGUCUACAGCGACAGCAGAUUGGAGCUCUUCUCGAUGAGCUUGAUUCACACUCAGAAAUGAUUGUUGAACUUCAAGCCUUGUCUCGUGCCGUUCUUCUCCGGGCUGAUGUUGGUAAUGUCCUCGUCGAACUUGAGUCCGAAGAAGAAUCCAUCAUCGCCUUCCAAGCUGCAGCCAAAGCAAGCUUGGUGAGAGCCAGAUUUGCCGAGAAGAAGCGAUAUUUCAAAGAAAAUAUGGAGAAGGUCGUCAAACUUCAGAGUUUUGUUCGCGGUCGGUUACAAGGAGAGGCGUACAAGAGUCUGACCACUGGCAAGAACCCACCUGUGAACACGGUGAAGAACUUUGUACAUCUCCUUAAUGAUAGUGACUUUGAUUUCAACGAGGAAAUUGAGUUCGAACGGCUACGAAAAACAGUUGUUCAGCAAGUGCGCCAAAAUGAAAUGGCAGAGCAAUAUAUCGAUCAGCUCGAUAUAAAGAUUGCUCUGCUUGUCAAGAACAAAAUCACCUUGGACGAAGUUGUCAAGCAUCAGAGAAAUUUCGGUGGGCAUUCUGGUAACCUUUUGGUCAACUCAACCUUGAGCUCUGGCAACCAAUUCGAUCUCAAGGCCUUGAACAAAAACUCCCGAAAAAAGCUCGAGUCUUAUCAACAGUUAUUCUUUACCCUUCAAACACAACCUCAAUAUCUUGCUCGUUAUUUCAAGAGAAUUCGAGAACAAGGAACAGCGGAAAAAGACUGCAAGCAAAUUGAGACAUUAAUGAUGCGACUGUUUGGAUAUGCCCAGAAGCGACGUGAAGAGUACUAUUUGUUGAAAUUGAUUGCUCGGGCAGUGAGGGAAGAAGUCGAAGGCGUUACGUCCAUCCAGGAGUAUACCAGGGGCAAUUUCUUCUGGUGCAAACUCCUUGCAAAUUAUACCCGUUCACCACGGGAUCGUAAAUACCUCCGAGAGAUUCUUGGUCCUCUCAUUCAAACCAAUAUCAUCGAAGAUCCAGCUCUCGACCUGGAAAGCGACCCAAUGCAGAUUUACCGCUCGGCCAUCAAUAACGAAGAGCUCAGAACAGGGAGACCUAGUCAACGGCCCCUUGACAUCCCUCGAGAGGUUGCUAUCAAAGACCCCGAGACCCGAGAUAUGUUCAUUGAUCACUUACGAGAUCUUCGCGAGAUCUCAGACCAAUUCCUACUUGCUCUACAAGGCUUAUUACACAGAAUGCCAUAUGGAAUUCGCUUCAUUUGCGAGCAAACUUUUGAUGCUCUAUGUCAACAAUUCCCACGAGAAUCCCAAGAGCGUCUAUUACAUCUUGUCGGUAACUGGCUGUGGAAAUUCUACCUGCAGCCGGCACUCACUUCCCCCGAAUCUAUGGGGGUAAUUGAAAAACAACUCACUCCACUCCAGAGGCGGAAUUUGGGUGAAGUUGCAAAGGUCCUCGGGCAAGUCGCAUCCGGCCGCCUUUUCGGAGGCGAAAACAUAUACUUGCAACCCUUAAAUGCUUACGUCGGUGAUGCCAUUGAACGAAUCCGUCUUAUUUUCUCAAACAUAAUUUCCGUUCCCGACGCAGAGAGCACUUUUGACAUUGACGAAUUUAAUGAUCUCUACGCCAAGGUCAAGCCAACUUUGUACAUCAAAAUGGCAGACAUUUUCCAGAUCCAUAACCUUGUCGCUGCGGAUCUGCCGCACAUCUGCCCCAACCGAGACGACAUGCUUCGCGAAAUGAUCCAGGAACUUGGUAGCGCGAAGGUCAACGAAACUGAAAUGUUGGGAGUUGCCACGGGCGAGAUACAAAUGACCCUAAAUCCUAAAUUGCAUGACAUUGAAGACCCCGAAGCAGAAGUCAAGGCCCUCUUCAUGGAGACAAAAAGAUGCAUCCUCUACAUCAUUCGAGUACAGUCAGGUCCAAAUUUGAUGGAAAUUUUAGUUCGUCCCAUCACCCGAGAGGAUGACCAAAAAUGGCAUUCAUUACUCCGUGAGGAAUUUUCUUCCGAUAGCAAGACUCGGGGUGCCUACUCGGACGCAAACACACUGGUUGAUAUUAAGGCCAUGUCAUAUAAGGAAUUGAAACGUACAGCAUUGGAGAACAUCAUGAGACUGGAGCAAUUUGGUCGUAUCUCAAGGCACAAUUAUUACCAGGAUAUUCUCAACGCCAUCGCCUUGGAUAUUCGAACAAAGAGCAGAAGGCGUGUGCAACGACAGCGCGAAUUGGAAGGCGUUCGACUCACCCUGGGAAAUCUUAGCGAAAAGGCCGAAUGGCUCGAAUCUCAAAGAAAGAGUUACGACAACUACAUUGAGCAGGCAAUGAUGACUCUCCAGAAGAAAGGGUAUGUAUACAUCUCAUCUAACUUCAACCAGACACUGACUUUUUUUUCUUAGCAAAAAACGUUUCCUCAUGCCGUUUUCCAAACAAUACAACCACGAACGCGAGCUCGAGCGUUCUGGUCGCAAGCCCAAGUUUGGAUCAUUCAAAUAUUCAGCACGCACCCUUUCUGACAAGGGCGUGCUCGUUUCCUGGAGAGGAACGCAAGAUCGGGAUUGGGAAAAAAUCAACCUCACGAUUUCUUGCGACGAGGUUGGCGUCUUCUUCAUCGAAGGUAGCAAAGGAAGCAUUCAAAUUCCUGGCGCCAGUGCUCAAGUGCCAAUGGACAGCCUCUUAGCCGCUCAGUUUGCCAAUCACCAGUACAUGGAUUUGUUCGAAGGGGGAAUGAGACUUAAUGUUAAUUUAUUCUUGCAUUUGCUGUACAAGAAAUUCUAUCGGACGGAAUGAUGAGGUGGAAUGGAUUGGCGGUGCCAAUGAACUUGGAAUGAUAGAUAAGAUAGCGUUUGUUCUUGUUAUUGAGAGGACGAUUUUGUAUGACAGCAUUGUUUUAUUGGCGUCCUCGGGGGUUAAGAAGAAAUGUACCCCAAGGGCAACUAAGGGUCUGGCUUCCUGGUAUAUUAUUUUGUACAUACGCUUCCAAUUCAGGAUGGGAACAUGGCUUGGUAGGACGAAAAGAUAUGACUACAAAUCAUGAUGAAGAAAUG